CUUUUGGAAGUUCGAGCCCAGAUUGUUUGGUUUCAGUGGGCUCUCUGUCUUCUGAAGAUCAUGAUUUUGACCCCACUGCUGAGAUGUUGGUCCAUGACUAUGAUGAUGAAAGAACUCUUGAAGAAGAGGAAAUGAUGGAUGAGGGUAAAAAUUUCAGUUCUGAAAUUGAAGACUUAGAAAAGGAAGGAAGCAUGCCUCUAGAAGAUUUACUGGCGUUCUAUGGCUACGAACCUUCCAUUCCAGCAGUUGCAAAUUCCAGUGCAAAUAGCUCCCCAAGUGAACUUGCAGAUGAGCUGCCAGAUAUGACGCUAGACAAAGAGGAAAUAGCAAAAGAUCUGUUAUCAGGUGAUGAUGAGGAGACUCAGUCUUCUGCAGAUGAUCUGACACCAUCUGUGACUCCCCAUGAGACUUCUGAGUUCUUCCCAAGACCUUUGCGAUCAAACACUACAUGUGAUGGGGAUAAGGAAUCAGAAGUUGAAGAUGUUGAAACAGACAGUGGUAACUCACCUGAAGAUCUGAGGAAGGAAAUUAUGGUUGGUUUACAAUAUCAAGCAGAGAUUCCCCCUUAUCUUGGAGAGUAUGAUGGAAAUGAAAAAGUGAAUGAAAAUGAAGACCAGUUACUUUGGCGACCUGGUGUGGUUUUAGAGAGCAAAGUGAAGGAGUACCUUGUGGAGACUUCAUUAAGAACUGGAAAUGAAAAAAUUAUGGAUCGGCUUUCUACAGGAACACACACAAGGGACAAUGAACAGGCAUUAUAUGAGCUUCUCAAGUGUAAUCACAAUAUAAAGGAAGCAGUCGAAAGGUACUGCUGCAAUGGAAAGUCCUCGCAAGAAGGAAUGACUGCGUGGACCGAAGAAGAAUGCCGAAGUUUUGAACAUGCACUCAUGCUUUUUGGGAAAGAUUUCCAUCUUAUACAGAAGAAUAAGGUAAGAACUAGAACAGUUGCUGAAUGUGUAGCUUUCUACUACAUGUGGAAGAAAUCUGAACGUUAUGAUUACUUUGCUCAACAAACAAGAUUUGGAAAGAAACGAUACAACCAUCACCCAGGGGUUACGGACUACAUGGAUCGUUUGGUAGAUGAAACAGAAGCUCUGGGUGGGACAGUAAAUUCUUCAGCCUUAACUUCUAACCGACCCGAGCCUAUUCCUGAUCAACAGCUGAACAUACUGAAUUCUUUCACUGCCAGUGACUUGACAGCUUUGACCAACAGUGUAGCGACUGUCUGCAGCCCCACAGAUGUGAAUUGUUUGGAUGAUAGCUUUCCUCCACUGGGCAACACACCCCGUGGACAAGUAAAUCAUGUGCCUGUUGUAACGGAAGAGUUACUCACCCUGCCCAGCAAUGGAGAAAGUGAUUGUUUUAAUUUAUUUGAGACUGGAUUUUAUCACUCAGAGCUAAACCCAAUGAACAUGUGCAGUGAAGAGUCUGAAAGACCGGCAAAGAGGUUGAAAAUGGGCAUUGCUGUCCCUGAACCUUUCAUGAAUGAGGUGUCUGUAAAUAAUUUGGGUGUGGAUUUUGAAAAUCACACGCAUCACAUCACCAGUGCCAAAAUGGCCGUCUCGGUGGCUGACUUCGGCAAUCUGUCUGCCAGCGAAACCAAUGGUUUCAUCAGUGCCCACGCCCUGCAUCCGCACGCCGCCCUUCACUCCGAGUGAUCUGGGUGGGGGCCCAGGCGUGUGUGUGGAAUACCAGGAAACUUGAGGGGAGCGAUCAGGUUUGCUUAGUCUUUCACUGGAAGUUUGAACCUUUUUCACUAUGACAUCAGUGAUGUCAGUAUGUAUAGAACUAUAUCUUGAUUUGUCAAGAGUAUUUUCAUUUUUCAAUCCAUAAAUGUGGAAACGAACUAUGAUCAGCAGAGUUGGGAACUAAGAUUGAACUCUGGUGCAGCUUUAAGCUCUGCUUCUCUCCUCCUCAUCACCCAAUACCUCUUGCCCACACCUUCCCUUUUCUAUUUUCUUCUGCUUCCCACUGCCCUCACUCCCCAUUUUAACACCUGUAGACCGAGGCCACCAGCUCAAAACCAGCACCGAAGUUCUGAACUGAAUGCAGUGGCUUCUUAUCGUGUAAAUUCCUUUUGCCGAAAUGGAUGCAGUGGAAUAACAAUGUUUACAGGUACGGAUCCCGAUCCCUGCUCAAUGUAGCAUUUUUUGGGUUUUCUUUUCUUAAUUAAAUAAAAGCAGGGGUAGGUUUCUUUAAACUGCACAAACAUACAAGGAUUUUUUUUUUUUUUUUAAUGUAAAGUUCUCUCAUGUGAUUCGAGUAGAGCACUUCAGUUUACACACCAGCAAGGCCAUCUUUAGUGAAGCCAGCACAAGGAACUGCGUGCAGAUUGCGAAGACGCUUGCUUGGAUCCUGUUCUAAAAUUUUAGACCAGGGCUACCUUGCACAGAAUGGGUCAUCUUACCGCCAGAAGAUUUCUGUGUAACUUCGUUUAUUGGCCGAACAUUUGGCCUUUGAAGAUGUGUUCAGAUUGGGGUUUUGUCCACCCUUGUCAAGAUUGUGAUCUUUAAAGUCAGUAGCGGUCAUUGUAUAAUUUAGUUUAUCCGGAGGCAGGUGGCUGGUGGAGGUGCAGUCGACAAAGCCUCGGAUGUUGCCAUUCAGUGGUGUACGUUUUGGGACACCUAAGUUGUUUGUCGCACUGCAGUUCAGAGUGUUAAUAUUUACGAGGGACUUCUAGAUUUUAUACAUAAUGCAGUAGAACCUUGAAGUAUAUUUAAGCUUUUUUGUUUAGCUUGAACAUUUGGCAGGAAAAUUGUGAGUUCUUAUAUGAACUAGAAUGGUACUUUACCACUUUAAGUUUUACAAAGGUGACAUGUUCAGACGCAUCUCAAACUUAAUCUUAUUUUUACUCCGAACAUUGUGAAUGAGAAGCCAUCGUCAUGAACGUUGGCCAUUUUGCUCAAUAGACAUGCAUCUUUUAAGUUUUAAGGUGAAUUCAAACAAUAUGUAAUACAGUAUUAGGAUGUUAUAAGCUUUGCUUUCACAAUACAGUUAAAACACAAUUUUGCUCUUUUUUUGCACCAUCUUAAUUAAAACUUUUGAUUUUUACUAGUUGUGUUGCCUUGCAAAAAACCUUAAAUGUUUGACUGCAUUGCUGAUAUUUGUAAGUAUAAGUCGCUUCAAGGUUGUGCUGAUGAGUAGAUAGGAUAUAGUAACCUUAGUAGUGAUUGAAAGGGAGGGUAUUUAUUCUACAAACUGUGAACUGCAAUGACAUCCUUUGUUUUGGAUGAUGUGUAUUCUUGUUUUUCUUUGCAGCAUUUAAAUGAAGAUUGCUUUGAAGUGUUUACGCAGUAGCACAUUUACUAUAAAAUUUAGUUUAGAACAGUGGACAAAAGUAGUUAAAUUAAUAACUUAAAAUCGGUCUCUAAUUUGUACAUCUAGAGUAUAGCAUUCCUGUGUGCACACAGUAAAUACUGGGUAGCCUGGACCUUGUGUUCCUUUCUGGUAUUUUCAUCCAAGUUGUCAGCUUCUUUUUGCUGUGUUGUUGUGCUAAACUUUGAACCUUAUUUCUUGUGUUAAUAAUCAGUACAUUUUCUGUAAUUUAGUAAGAUACUGGCCAUAAUCUUCCAUUGUUGUAACUUUACUUUUGACUCUGGGUUUACAGUGGCUGGUUUGUAUAAAAUAUUUUACACAAAGAUGACUGAAUGCUAAUACCAGUUGCACUUAAGUGAACAUGCCCAUUCUCAGAAGCUGAUGCAGUAAUAUAUUCAGUUUAUCUAUGCAUUGCUGGGAUCUUGAUAUAAGAUGGAAACGGUGUUUCUUAUCUAAACUUUGGAUUAUCAGCAAGUUGAAUGGACACUUUAGUUAUUUAAUAAAGAUUUUUGACCAAAAUCCAGAAAAUGGUAUGAGAGAAAAAUAAAUUCCAGCUAGUUUAAUAGAUUUUUAAAUGCCCAUCUAAUUUUAGCCUCUUAGAGAGUGCUAGCUAGCUGGUAACGUUUACUUUUAAUUCCUUGUUAAAAUGAGGCAAUAAUUUGCAAGAUUUUUGUAUAUAUGUGUAAAUUCUUCAUAUCUUUUUAGAUCUAAUUCAAUAUUUUCUGACUACUUCUGCCAUGUAUUAUACCAUUUUUGUGCAUGCUUGAUGUGACAUUCAUAAUUGUACCACUAUAACUUUAUCCAUGUAAAAUAGCUAUUUAUUGAAUUUUCUUUUAAAAGCUGGAUUUACUGGUUGUUUUGUUUUUUUCUCACUUUCAGCAUUUUUAUGAGAAUUUAUUACUGUUUAUUAAAAGAAUUGCCUUUGAGAGCAUGGAAAUUGCCAAUGUGCAAUCAUAUGAAGAAACAAUAAUGCCUUUAUUAUCAAGUGUUAAGCACAAUUCUUAUAACAAACUGUGAUGAAUUCUUCUUGUUUUGUUUUGGUGUUUUCCUUUGCCACAUAAUUUUCAUAUGAACAAACCAAAAAAUCCACGGUGAGCAGUUGCAGUGUUGGCUGACGUAUCAUUUUGUGUACAGGGAAUUUAAAGAGGACGGCGUAUUCAUUUAGACAUGUCACUGGUGCUGUGAUGAUAGCAAUACCUUACUUUUGUUAGGCAGACUUCAUCUUUCUAUAGUCGGGCUUUUUUUUAAAUGUUUAGUUUUCCUCUUGUUAUGGUCAGCUGCUGAAUUUACUUGAAGGAUGUAGUAUAAUGCUUCAAAAAUACUAAAGUGUGUACAAUUAGGUCACUUGCUUCCUUUUUAAUUUUUUAAAAGGAAUUGUGUAAUUGUUUCCUUUUUAAUUUUUAAAAUUGAGGGUCAUAAAUAUUUGAGGAUGUCAGAUCUAAUAGAGUGAUACUAUUUAAUUUAACCAAAGUCUCGAGUGAGUAUUUCAACUUUGAAUGUAAACUAAUGAAUAAACCUGACCACCAAGGAGAUUGUUUGCCCAGAGUUUCAAAGCACAUUGUCUACAAAUGGAAAUUGAAAUAAUUUAUAAAAAUAUUGACAUUACUAUGUUUUUUAAAAAGUUCCUAAUUUUUUCACUAAAAGGAGGAAACUCUUAGUUUUAUUGUUACAUAUGGUAGAUAUUAAUAUUCUUCUUAGAUGACCAGUGAUUCCAAUUGUCCCAGUUUGAAAUAAGUACCCUGUGAGUAUGAAGAUAAAUUAGUGACAAUCAGAACACGUUUUAGUAUCAGAUGUUCAAGAGGAAGUUGCUAUUGUUGCAUUGAUUUUAAUAUUUGUACAUAAACACUGAUUUUUUUGAGCAUUAUUUUGUAUUUGUUGUACUUUAAUACCUGGUGUACAGUUCCAGAAAUAAAAAUCUGGAAAUCUUUU